GCACUUCUCAUCCAUCCCUUGAGCAGAACAUUUCACAUAUAGCUACUAACUUCAUCUUCUUCAUUUCAAUUCAAUUCAAGAUGGCUUACUCCAAGACUUCGCUUCUUUUUCUUGGUCUUGUAUUUGCUGUCAUGCUUGUCAUUUCCUCCCACGUAGCUGAGGCAACCCAAACACAGGAGAGUGUGGAGGAGGCCAAGCAUCACGAACAUGGACAUAGAAAAGGGCACGGAUAUGGACACGGAAAAGGACACGGAAAAGGACAUGGACAUGGCAAACCUGGCCACGGUGGUCACCCUGGACAUGGUGCUGGUGAAACCGAAUCCUACGAAAACUAAAUGACUCCUGCCCCAAUGGUACUCGUUCGCGGUACAAAGUAAUCAAGUAUGUGUAUGUAUGGUUGUAUGUCAAAUAAGGCAUGGUGUGAAAAUGCCACAUUAGUACGUACCAUUAGUGGACGUGUCAAGAAUGUAACAGUUGAGCAGUCCCAGGACUUCAUUUCUGUGUCUUCUUCGUGUGCCUUUGUAUCCUAAAUUUAUGUAUCAAUGCACGACUUGAGUUACUUCAA